AUGCUUCGUCCGACGCACAACAUCAAGGGUCUGCAUCUCCUCAGACAGCGCCUCUCAACACCCGGCCCGUCCUUGGCUCCCGCUCAGCGUGCCAUUGUCGAACAAGCUUCUGCUUCCUUCGCCAGACGAUUUAGCGGUGGAACCUUGAAGAAGCCCCAGAGGCAACCCCACCAUCGCGGCACAGGUGCAACAAGAGAUUUACCGGGUAAACACAUCCCAGCCAUGGGCGAGAAUACCGAUACACUGGCCCAGGUCGACGCUCCCUUUCCCCUGACAGAGGUCGACAAAUGGGUGCUCUCACAGACCGACGAAGAGUUCAAAUGCCAUGACUGGGACGAGUUAUGUGUGAUCCUUCAGAACAACAAUCUCCAUCUUCUCAAGAGAAAGCCAUCCGAUCUUCGGCGGUACAUCAAGUGGACUACCGAGACAAAAGCCGAGUAUGGCAACAUAACCAACUUUCUCAUUACCCAUCGGCUCCCCAAGCCCUGGGGCAAACCACCCUUCACUCCAGCUUCCAGUAUCCCGUUUGAGAACCCAUCCGACUACCGCGUUCUCAUGAAUGACUGGCCCUACGGCUUCGCUCCAGGCAUAUCUCACAUCGUUGUGUGGACACGCACUCCCAUUGCCACAGAUGACACCGUCGGAGACAUGACGCAUGAAAGCAGGAAGAUCGUGGCCGAUUUCAUCAAGAGAUUCUUCGUAGACCGGCUCGGACCGGGAGGCGAGAAAAAGGUGAUUUGGUUCAAGAAUUGGGUGGCCCUUCAGAGUGUGCGGACAGUCGAUCAUGUCCACGUGUUGGUGAGGGAUGUAGAGCCGCAGGUGCUGGAGGAGUGGUCAAGGGAGCUCGAAUGCCACAAGGCAUAA